AUGAGGCUCUGGCUGCCGGCUGUGCUGGGCUUCCUCGCCCUCAGGGAGCCGAGUGACCAGGCAGCGUUUCGGCCGCUGCCGGGGGCUUACCCCAGCAUCACCAACGAGACCUUCAUUAAGCAGUGCUUGGAUGCCCACAACAAGCACCGCUCCCAAGUCCAGCCUUCGGCUGCCAACAUGCUGUAUAUGACAUGGGAUAUAGCAUUAGCUCGAACUGCUAGAGCAUGGGCAAACAGAUGUGUUUUUAAGCAUAACCCAUAUAGAAAGAGCCACCCUGAUCCUUCAUUUUGGCUCAUUGGAGAAAAUUUAUGGAUGUCAAGUGCUGUGAGAAGACAUUUUGAUCCAACUGGUGCCAUUGCAGCCUGGAACUCAGAAGUUACUAACUAUAUGUAUGAUUACCAUAAGUGUACCGGUGUAUGUGGUCAUUACACUCAGGUUGUAUGGGAUGCAUCUUAUAAACUCGGCUGUGCUAUUGUUUUCUGCCGUAAAAUGCAUCAGUCAAACAAUAUUGAAUACUUCGUGUGCAAUUAUGGCCCAGGGGGCAAUUUUCCAAGGAGACCUUAUAUGCAAGGAAAGUCAUGUAGUCGGUGCCCACAAGGAGACUCAUGUGAAAAUAAUCUUUGCAGAAAUCAUGAACGUGACAAAGUCAAACGCUAUACACGAUGGUAUCCACCUUUCGAACACCGGAUUGUAUGUGAUGAAUCCUGUAUUGCUUUAGCAGUUUUAAGACCAUUAUUAAUGUUUCUAGCAUUUGGAGCUGUAUACUAUUUACAGCAACGCUAUCCAAAUUUAAGUAUAAAACAAUAAUAUAUUUA